AUGCGUCUCUGUCUGCUUACUGCCGUCCUUCCUGUUGUGCUGGCCUUGAGUGCCCUUGUAUUGAGCGCUCCCGUCGACACGGAGAAGCAUGUGACUGCUCGUGGUGGCACCUCCUUCGCCAACUGUCCCUCCGGCGAUUCCAUUCUCGUGAUUCUGAAAAAGCUCCAACCCGACCUGCUCUCACGAUACACCCAGAUUGAUGACCAUAUUCAAGCAAAUGUCGACCCCACAGAAGAAAUAAGAAACAUUAUUCCGCUUUUCAAUGCCGCUACCACCCAAAUAAGCGACUUACCCAUGGACAAGCCCUGUGUGUUUGACGGCAAAUAUCACCAGGUUGUGGAAAUUUUUAUUGUCAUGCUCAGCGAUUUUGCUAAGCAAUUCGCCAAGUUGCAGGUCCAUAGGACACGCGAUAUCAAUAGCAUCUCUACGAGUAUCUCCGAAGCAUUGAGCGACUUGAUUGCAGCUUUACGGACUUUGCUGGAGAAUAUAAUAAGGAUCCUUCAAAAAUUACUUCCGACACUGUAA